UCCUGGCAAUCGACACUUAGGGAAAGCCGACACAGUGUGAGCAAAAGAAGGUUAGAUGAUCUUGGUGUUGAAGGACAUAACUCUGACUCCAGUGACUCCUUAAGUGAAGCUCAAUCCACUGGGAGAAGGCGUGAGGAAAAGCAAGAGGUUAAGUCGUAAUAGCUCGCCCACAUCCCUUGCCAUUGCUGCUCCAAGAUCUCCCGAGGAUGCUGGUAAAAACCAGUCUAAACCCAUCGGUACACAGUCGGCCUAUGUUACCCCGGUAUCACCGGAAGAGCGCCAGCGCUAUAUCCUGUCUCCACCACUGACCUUGACCCAGAGCUGUCAGCAGCAGGGAAAUGUACUUUCUGCUACACCGAGCCUAACCAAUGUGCUGUGCAAGUGUCGCAUCAAAGAAAAUCCUGUAGCUGUAGGAGUUACUGGGGAUCUAUACUGCCAGGCUGUUGAUUCAUUUGAUGGACGGAUGAUUGGCUGUUGCAAUGUUGUCACAAACCAGAGGUAUCUGCGUGUGAGUGGAAAGAUUCCCUUUAUGCUGCUGUGUGACAUCCACAGACAACGCUUACGUCGGCACAACUGCUGUCCGUGCUGUGGACUCUUCUGCACUCAGGGCAUCUUCUAUGAGUGUUCCUGGGACAAGUGUGGCAUGCGUCACUACUACCAUAAAUUGUGUGGUCUGGUAUUAGCUGGUACAACACUAUGUCCUCACUGUGGUGCAGAGGAGCCACCAAAGGAGGUCCAGCUGGAGCUAAAACUCAAUAGAAAACCUGUAGUGUAUCUUAAACAGCACCAGGAGAGGAAAGAAGCAUCGGCCCGUAUGACCUGGUCAAAGAAAGUGGUCCCUGAGGCAGUGGUUGAAGCAGAAUCAUUACCAGAGAAUGAACCGAAUUUAGAACUUCGUAAUGGCCGUGUUAUAUCCGCCCACAAGUUACCGCUCGGUUUUGGACGAGAAAAACUUCAAGAGGCCAUCCGGUCCAUCAAUGAUGGCAAAUCAAUUAAUAUCAAACCUUCACCAAAAGGAAUUUAUUGGGCAUGCAAACAAAAUGACUUGGAAAAAUUACUGCACGUUUUAGUGCAUGGUAUGAACCCCAAUGUGAAGGUGAAGGAGUAUGGAAAUCAAACUGGAAUGCACGUUGCAGCAGCCUAUGGAAGUCUUGCAGCUCUGCAUGUGUUGACCCUUGCUGGUGCAACUAUAGACAUGACUGACACUCAGCUUAUGACACCUCUGAUGGUUGGCAUUACCAAAGAACAGAAUAAUUUAGUUCACUAUUUAAUACAAGCAGGAGCAUCACUCAUGGCCAAGACUCAGGAUGGCAUGACCUGUCUUCAUCUGGCUGCAAAAUGUGGAAACCUUUUAGCUUGUCAACACAUCUUGGACUCAGGGAGACUUAGCAGACAUGCUGUCAAUAUGCAAGAUGAGGGAGGCUGGACUCCACUGGUUUGGGCUUCAGAAAAUAGAUUUAUUAAUGUUGUCACAUUUUUACUGGAUCGUGGAGGAAAUCCACAACUGUGUGAUGUGGAGCAAAACACAGCAUUACACUGGGCAGCCUUCUCUGGGUCUACUCAUAUCUGUUCAAUGGUCCUAGAUCGUGGGUGCUCACUGCGGUCCAUGAAUGCUCAUGGAGAUACACCUUUACACAUUGCUGCUAGACAGAACCACAUUGACGCUGUGGUCCUAUUACUGGCCCGAGGUGCACGUCUAGAUGUAUUGAAUGCCAAAUGCCAGACACCUGUUGACUGUGCCUUGCCAGACUCGGAUGUUUACUUACAACUAACUUUAAAUAGCAAACUGAUAGAAAUGAUGCAACAAAACAACAUCCGCACUGAAAAGAUCUUGAGCAGUGACAUUGCUGGAGGCAAAGAGGAAGUACCAAUACCAUGUGUCAACGGUAAUGAUGAUGACCUGCUCCCCAAAGACUACUUGUAUAUCGCCGAGAACUGCGAGGCAUCCAACGUUAUCAUUGACCGCACGAUUACGUCAUUGAAGUGGUGUGAGUGUGAGGACGGCUGUAAUGCAGACCACUGUGGCUGUGGUCAGCUCAACUUCCAGUGUUGGUAUGACCCAGAUGGUCGCCUCCUGCCAGACUUCAACUAUGCAGAUCCACCGAUGAUCUUUGAGUGUAACCGAGCUUGUCGUUGCAACAAAUUAUCUUGCAAUAAUCGUGUGGUACAACAUGGGAUUUCCGCCCACAUGCAGUUGUUCAAAACAACAGAAAAGGGUUGGGGUGUUCGUGCACUUAAGACCAUUCAAAAGGGCUCCUAUGUGUGUGAAUAUGUGGGAGAGAUCAUUACUGAUUUGGAGGCUGACCAGAGACAGGAUGACUCUUACUUGUUUGAUCUUGAUAAUAAGGAUAGUGAAACCUUCUGUAUUGAUGCAAGAGCAUAUGGUAAUAUAGCUCGCUUCAUCAACCAUCUGUGUGAAGCAAACCUUACACCAGUCAAAGUCUUCAUUGACCAUCAAGAUCUAACCUUCCCAAGAAUUGCUUUCUUCGCAAAUCGUGAUAUUGAAGCUGACGAGGAGCUUGGGUUUGACUAUGGGGAGAAGUUCUGGAUCAUCAAGUACAAGCACUUCACCUGCAACUGUGCCUCUGAAAAAUGUAAAUAUUCCAGUAAGACCAUUCACACAACCCUCGAGAAUUACAACAAGAGAAUAAGAGAACUGCAAGAGAUGAUGUAGAAACUGUGUCGUGAGUCAGUUACCCAUUUUCAGUCAUACAGUACUAACAUAAGUCUAUCUGGUGUAGCAAAAAACAUUAGAAAUCUUUUGAGUAGAUCUGGGAAGAACCAAAUGUAGCCAUGUUUACAUACUGUAGUGAUUGUUUAACAGUGGUGUGAAAGUUAAUUAAAAACUGUCCAGAAUCACACUUACUGUCCUACCUUACUCCUUACUGUAACACAAUCUAUUCAAAAAAGAAUCUACUGAAAUUGUCUAUUUAUUUAUUUUUUCUCAACGUUGAUUGUUUUGUUGGCGUUUGACUCGGACUUAUUAAAAAAGUUGCUCACUACUUUUAAGAAGGGUACAGACAAUUUAAAUUUUAUAGUGAAACCAAAGACAUGACUGACUUUUGACUAAAGCAAUAAUCAAGGACAUUGUUCAAAAGCAAGUGAAAAUUACUUAAAUUUUUAUUAAAUCAAUGAAUUGAGGGUUUGUUGGAUAUGCAGUACUUGUCAGAUGAUAUUAUAAAAAAAAUGUUUUAAAUUCACCUGUAAUGAGGCAUUUUACCUUAAUGAACAUCAUAUUGUGUUGUAUUUAUGGUAUUGCUUCUGGGUUAUGUUGUUAUCUCAUGAAGAGAAUUCAUUAGAAUACACAGUACUGUAAUGUAUGUACUGUAGUUGUAGGCUAUCUCGAAAACAUUGGAACUACUGUAUUUCCUAAUUUUCCUCAGGGUGAUAAGAAUUCUUUUGGUUUCACUAGGAAUUUAUUUUAUAACUUCGGAUAUUUGUAAAGUUUUUAGCAUGACAUAAUAAGGCGCAAAGUACAAGCAAAAUUUGUGUGAGUGUUGGUGAUGGUGUGAAUGAUGAAGAUGAGGGUGAUGGAACUGCUUCAUUGUCAGGCAUUGUUCCUUUUAAAGUACAAUGUGAGAUAAAUUAGAUUAACUAGUUUUAUUAAUUUUUUUCUAAUCUGUCUACCUAGUUGAUACACUUGUGCGUGUUAAGUGUCAAACCUCGAAUGAUGUGAGUUUGAAUGUACUGUACUAUCUACACAUUACUGUAUUUGUACGUAUUUAAUACCUACAUCCCAGUCAACAGUUUUUGUAGGAUACAUUUAUAAGUUAAUUUAUUUCCAGACAGUAGUUCUGACUGAUCAAUCGCAUCUUAAGUAUAUUCCAGCACAGGUUAUCGGUCUCAUAAGUUACACACUAGAGGAAAAUGCAACUGUAAUUUUUUUAAUGUUUCACCAUCUACUUCUAAACAAUUUUUGCUUUGCCAAUCUGAGGGAAGUUUUGAAUGCUUUCAGUCUGUUUGAAAUAGUUAACCAAUCUUCUGACAGUUGUGUGAGUAAUGUUCUUGCUUUGGUGUUGUUGAUUAAAUUGUUUUGCAACUAAUUACUGUAGUGUGUUGCAUCUAGCUCUGCAGACAUGAAAAUUGAACUGAUUCUUUCCUCUUGUGUUUAAAUCUGUCAUCUUCAUUGAAGUCUUAUGAUUCCUUCCCCUGAAAAAGAGAUUAUUAAUUAUUCUGUGAUGCAUGACCUAUGAGAGACCGUGUACAAUAAAUGCUUUGUUAUCUGGUAUGAGUGGAGAAUGUGAGGUGCCAGUUAGUUUUAUAUACAAGUUAAGAGAGUUGCUCCUACCAAAGGAAUACAAUACAUUAACAGGACCCACCAAUCAAGUAGUGGUGGUAUUUUUUCUUGAACUUUUAUCCACUAUAAUAAUAUUGUACUGUUAUGUUUGACACUAGAAUUUGGAUGACUUGUAUUGCAUCAUCCAAAAUACUUAUGCUAGUGAACAGAUGACAAAUAUAUAGUGUCCCAGUCUUUAAAAAUUCACAAAAAAAAAAUUUGGGGUUUAUCUGCCUGGCUUUUUAGGUAAAAAUUAAAUAUAUUAUAGUAUGAAAAGAUGAAUGUUUUUAAAUAUGUUUAAAAAUACAGCAUUUUUCAAUAAAAAUCUUGUUAUAUGUGAUGUCACCACUGUAUUUAAUACGAGGUGUGUAUAAUUAUAAAGCAAUCUUACACAAAUACAUGCAAAACAAACAAAAUAAUCUGAGAUCAAGGAAAUUGUCGGAGAUAAAGACAUUUACUUCUGGUUGUUAUUUAGAGUCGAUGGGUAAACUCCUGUUAUAGUGGUGAUGUUAUUGUUAUAUUUACUAUAUGGUGUCUAUAAUGUUAUACAUUAUACAUAUAAAAAAAAUUUAUAUAUGUUUUUGACCAGAAACACCUUAAAAAAUCUAUAAAUAAAAGAUAGUAACAUUUACACGCACUUUAUUGUCUCGUUCAACAAGGUUGGGAUGGGCGAGCUUCUCCCCCCAGGUGCCCUAAAGUGUUAAUCUAAUGUGGGUAGUGACUUUGGCAUACAGCAUUACUUACAAUACACUUAAAACUACAACUGUACAGUUUUCUGCAUAAAUAAACAGUAUAAUUGCACUCCCACAGCAAAAACAUUGCAGUUUUCACCCUUCUUGAGGUACAGUAGCUGCAUAUUUAUCUUUUCUGUUACCAAUAACCCCUUACACUUCUCCCCUGAUUUUUUGGUCAUCUUUGUUGGAAACCAUAAUGUUUGGAUGGGUAGAGAAUCCACUGUUCAGAAGUGCAGUACAGUACUAACCCCAAUACAGUACAGUACUGUACCACAAAAGGCUGCCUGCCAAUCUGUACCAGAUGGCUCCAGCAGACACUGGAUGGUAGAAUGGUAAGAUGUGGAGGACUAUCAUUUUUGUUGGUUAGUAGAGCUCAGUUGCUGGAUAACAAAGCCUUUACAGAACUGUAUUAUAGUAAAUAAUUUCCUUCUGAAAAAUCCUUGGAUAUUGUAUUUCUUAUGUGUAAAAUUUUCCUAUACAUGUAAUUUAAUCACUUAUUUAUUAUGUUAGAUAUGACAUGCACGGCUCACAAAUAGUAUACACAUAUUGUAUGUGCCGAUUGGUUCAACAUUUGUUUAUUAAUUUAAUCCAAGGGUCUCUUGAAUACUACUUAGUGUGAUGUACUAAAAUGACAAGGCAUUAAAAGAAUGGUGUAAUUGCUCACAAGAUGAUACCAAGUCUCCUCUUAGAAUGCUGCUGUAAAUAUAUUAUCCCUGAAUUUAUUAAGAAAAGUCAGUUCAAGUGACUGACAUUCCUUGCACUAUUUAUUGAAUAAGAUGUAUUCAGGAUUAUGAUAACUGUUAGUCACCUGUGGGUUUCUGUUAUUUGCACCUAUUUAGCCUUCUCAUUUUUAUGUAGCUGUUAUCUAAACUGCUGCCUGUCUUUCCAUGUAUUGUAUUUUUAAAAAAAAAUCUUAAAAGAUUUAUAAUAGUUGUGUCUUUCCUAGAGAAGUGUUCACACUAAUAAUUUAUAUUUUGCAAAAUAUUACUGUACUGUAAUAAUAUCCUUUCCAGUUUCUACUUUAAAACUAUGUGAGAAGGCUACCAAUUAAUAGGUGUGUGUGUGUGUGCCUUGUAAUGAUGACUGUGUGUAGACUAAAACACACCUCCCUCAAGGGGGAGUUAACAAAACUUGAAGUUGGCCAAAGACUUCUAAAAUAAAUAUUUUAUAAUAUGAUAAACAUUUUUAUAGGUUUAUGACUACUGGUGUUUAUUCUUUUAUAGUUAUCAUCCAUUGAGUGUACGAUUGUUUCUUUGUAAUUAAUGGAUUGUGAUGCCAUCUGUUUCAAAUUUAAAACUUCUAAUUAUUACUGUUAUUAUGGUUUAGAGUACCAAUGUACAAUUUUAUUUGUUUGAUAAUUAUAUUGUUUAAUGAUGCACGAGUGUUUCAUGAUUUAUUCUAUUUGAAAUGAUAUAUGAACAAUCAUAUGAUUUCAAUUAAUGGACUACUGUAUACUAGGGUUGCCAGAUUUUCCAUUUCAAAAUGCUGGACACAUCUCUUUGGGGGGGGGGUGCGUGUGUGCAAAAGAUGUUAUUGAUUUUCAUAUUAAAAGUAGAUGAGAAAA